AUGUGGCGCGGAAAGUACACAGGAGGAUACCAGAAUCGAUUUGUGAGCUCGAAAAACUCUGGAACCUCCAGUUUAAAUGGUAUAUUGAUAUUUUUUGUGAGCAACCGAAAAAUGCUUUAUCCAGACGGCCAAAGCAUGAACAAUGUGCCUCCGCCGGCGGCGUUAACGAUCGGAAACGCUCCGGUACCGCCCACAAAUCGAAAUGUGUACAUGACGAACCGAAAAGAGGAGGAAAUGAAGAAAGAGCAAGAGGUUUGCUGAAAUUUUCAAGUUUGUCGCUAAAAAUGGCUUUAGUACUCGAAUCUCAUGGCCUACGGAUCGACAUCGGAGAAAAAAGCGCGGAAAAAGCGAAUUUAUGAUGAUGAGUAAGAUUUUUAAUUUUUCCCAUCUGAAAACUUGCUUUUACCCAAUUGUCGCCGAAUUUUAGAUAUUUAGAAGGCGGAUCUGACGAGGAAACCGAAAAAGUCGAUAAAAAGGCGAAAGAGGACGAGGAUGAAGACGAAUUGGACGCAUUUAUGGCCGGAAUCGAAAAGCAGGCGUCGAAAGACAAAAAAGUGGCGGAGCAGAAGGAGAAAGAUCGGAAAGAGGGCAAAGAGAAGGAGGAUCCGAACAAGAAGGGACUCGGAAGAGCCGAUAUCGACGAGGAGGACAUGCAGGAGUCGCUUUUCAAGUUAGUUUUGCUGAACAAUGCGAAAAAAUCUGGAAAACGCAAUUUUUACAGAUUCAUGGAAGAGUACAAAGAGAAGCACGAAAAUGACGAGGAGCAGUACGAGUACGAUGAGGACGGAAACAUCAUUUGGACGUGGAAAAAAGUGAGGAAUCAUCUGUUUUUGGAUUCUUUUUUGUUUUUUCAGGUCAUUGAUCCACUGCCAAACAUUGAUCAUUCUCAAAUUGAGUAUCCGAAGUUCAACAAGAAUUUCUAUGAGGAACACGACGAUAUCAAGUGGGUGUUUGGCAAAAUUGAAAGCAAUGGGUUGUUUGACUUUGCAGACGUCUUCAUUACAUGGACGUCGUCCGCCUUCAGAACACGAUGAAUCUGCGCGUGGGCGGUCUGAAACCACCCCGUCCCGUCUGUUCGUUCGCCCAUUUCUCGUUCGACAAACUGCUGAUGGAGUCGAUACGCAAAAGUGAAUACGAACAGCCGACGCCCAUUCAGGCGAUGGUAAUUUUUGGAAACAUUCUUCUGAUUUGUAAGUCAAAAUUCAUUCCAGGCGAUCCCAGCCGCCCUAUCCGGUCGUGACGUGCUCGGAAUCGCGAAAACGGGCUCAGGAAAGACGGCCGCGUAUUUGUGGCCCGCAAUUGUGCACAUUAUGGACCAACCGGACCUGAAGGAGGGAGAAGGACCGGUGGCCGUGAUUGUGGUCCCAACGAGAGAGCUCGCCAUUCAGGUAUGCCAUUUGCAGACGGGAAAUGGCUGAAAACCGUGUGUGCUUGAUAAAAAAUGAUAAAAUUUGCAGGUGUUCCAAGAGGCGAAGCGAUUCUGUAAAGUGUACAAUAUCAAUGUGAUUUGUGCGUACGGCGGCGGCAGCAAGUGGGAACAGUCGAACGAAUUGCAAAAUGACGGCGCCGAGAUGGUCGUUUGUACGCCUGUAAGCCAAAAAAAAAGUUUUUGAGAACCUUUCUACAUUCUUUUAUCAUUUUCAGGGUCGCAUAAUCGAUUUGGUCAAACUGGGCGCCACCAAUUUCCUGCGAACCACUUUUUUGGUUUUCGACGAGGCGGAUCGCAUGUUCGACAUGGGAUUUGGUAGAAAAUUGAUCACAGAAAAGAAUUAACUUGAACAAUUUCAGAAGCGCAAGUGAAAUCAAUUUCGGAUCAUGUCCGACCGGACCGACAAUGUCUCAUGUUCAGUGCGACUUUCAAGCAGAAAGUACGCUCUAUUUUAAAUUAGAGUAUGAUCCGAUCGGGACCAAACUUUGCAUGCUUCUUGUAUUCGAAUCCAAGUUUACUGGGACCAAGUUCCAGCCCGAUCGGAUCAUCCGGUCCCGAGAUAUGUGGAUCAGAGGCUUCUGAAAACGGAACAGCGCGCAGUUAAAGUUGUUGCCUAGAAAACUCUAGUGUGAAAACUCUUCCCUUACACUCUGACAAUCUGCUAGUUCGUGUGAAUGCUGGGCAACGUCUGAGGAUUGUGCCUAAUGCGGCCUAAGAGUUUUCUAGGCCACGGCCACAACUUUAUCUGCACGCUGUUUGGUUUAAAGGCAUUUCUGAGAGUUGGAACCCGGACAGUGCACGUGCAAACAUACACUCGGAGGGUUCCCCGGACCUUUGAGUCAAUGUCUCUGUCAAUCGUCAACAACGUGGUCAUUGGUUUGGGAGUCCUGCCCAAAGUGUUUCCGAUUAGACUGAAAUUUUUUGUGCGAACACCUCCAUGGACCCCUUAAUUUCAGGUAGAACGACUGGCGCGUGACGCCCUAGUGGAUCCGGUUCGAAUUGUGCAGGGAGAAGUGGGCGAGGCGAAUGCGGACAUUGAACAAAAAGUGCUAAUUAUGCCGAGCCAGGACGUGAAAUUCCAUUGGCUCAUCAGAAAUCUGGUCGAAUUCGCUUCACGUCAGUCGUUUUCCUUGUUUCCGGCGAUUUAUAAGACCAUUUUCCAAUUUUCAGUCGGCAAAGUACUCAUUUUCGUGACGAAAAAGCACGAUUCGGAGGAGGUGGCGAAAAAACUCAAGCUCAAAGAUUUUGAUAUUGUCCUGUUGCACGGAGACAUGCUGCAGGCGGAGCGAAACGAGAAUUUGCUGAAAUUCCGCAAAAAGGCGCCAAUUUUGGUGGCGACUGACGUGGCGGGUGAGUCAAAUGUGUAAAGAAGAACAAUGUUUGGCAAAAAACCAAUUUGCAGCCCGAGGCCUGGAUAUUUCGGAAAUCCGUACGGUGAUCAACUUUGACAUGGCCCGUGACAUUGACACGCACGUGCACCGCAUCGGACGAACCGGACGCGCCGGUCAGAAAGGAACCGCCUACACGUUGGUCACCGAAAAAGACACCGAAAUGGUCGGACACUUGGUCAAGAAUCUCGAGAGCGUUUCGCAGGAGGUAAGCACAUUUAACACAUCUUUUUUCAAAUACCCCUCCCCUCCAGGUACCCGCUCAACUGAUGGAUCUGGCGAUGAAAUGUCCGUGGUUCCAAAGUCAGCGGGCCGGAAACUCUGGAGGCGCUCCGAGCGGCCAGCCACGUGGCAGAACGGGCCUCGGAUACACUCCGAAAGUACGAAAUGCGGGCGGAGCCAAGGGAGCGGCGCCUCCGCAAUUCGAUCCGCUCAAAGAGCAACGGAGAAGCGGAAAUCAGACGGUCGAGGGAAUGGUCAGGAGUGCACAGAGGUACGGUAGAUAUUAUGAAAUUCACAUAUCUCGGGACCGGAUAAUAGGAUCGGUCUGAAACUCGGACCCAAUAUGCUUCGAUCUAAGACCAAGAAGUCUGCAAAGUUUGGGUCCGAUCCGAUUAUUGCAAGUGGGUCAAAAGUCCAGGACUCAAAUAGUCUGGGCCGGCCUUUUGUCCUGCCCUGGAAAACAUUGAACUUUUCCUACAAGAACGUUGAACAAAUCCAAUUUUUAGCUCUGCCACGUCAGCAACCGCCGGCUCCUCGGCGUCCGGAGGCAAUCGAGCACAAAUGCUCAAAAAUGCGUUCCAGGUGAGAAUGUUGAUUCAUCUCCAAUAAAAAAGUUGGAAACAUGGCAAAAUUCUUUUUUCCAUCCAGAAAUCCUUCCAAUCGACGUUCCAACGCCCGCAAUCGUCAUCUUCGACACUUCCGACGCAAGCGGCCUCGGAUCCCCGUCCGGAAUACAAAAAGAAGCUCGACGAGCUGAAUGCGAAAUUUGCGAGAGAUCAGCAGGGACCGUCCGCGUCGAAAAAGAGCCGAUGGGAGUGA